CUCGUUUGUUAAUUAUUUCAGGGCUAGGCUAGCUAGCUUUAAGUUAUACUACGUGUACUUUGUGUUACCCUUUUGCAACUACUAGUUCAAAGUGACACUUAUUUUAUAGAACAAACUAUAAGUGAACAGCUCUGAUUAUGCAUCUGAAUUAAACCUUCAUCAGUUCGGUAGUGGUUCCAAACAGGAAUAGGAUAUGGAUGGCUCAGCCUCAAAGCCUGGUCACACAACAAGAGGAGUUGGUUUGGUUAAAGCUUCUGUUAACUUAUAUGGCAACAGGAUUGAAGAUGUCAAUAGUCCUUCGCUGAAAAAAUAUUUCUCAACGAAGCAAUCUUCUAAAGCAAAAGAACUCCACAGAGCAAGCAAGGAUAUGGUUCGAUACAAAGAGACCAAACGGGUAGCAGAAUCUGCAAAAGCUCAAGCAGAAGCUAAGCUUUCCAAUGCCAAACAGACAGUGAAAGACCUUUUCUCUAUGAUUGGGGAAUCUAGCUACAAGGCAAAAGCCCGAAUGCGAGAUGUGGCACCACUAAAGGAGUAUGGGAAACCAAGCAAGAAUGAUGAUGAUAAUGAGUAUUCACAAGUUAUGAGAGAAUUGGAACAUGCUAAACGGGAAUUUUUCCAACUUAAGCUUGAUGUGGCUUCUGUUUUGGAGGAGAAACAGCGAGCAGAAAAGGAAAUCGAAGCAUCGAGAUCCAGCAUGCUGUCCUUCUCAAGAGUAGCACAAAAACUGAGGAAGGAGAUUGAGGAAGCCAGUGAAGAACAAGUGGUGGUUGAAUUGGCUAGAAUGGACGCUUUGAAUGAAAUGAGAGACAUUGAAGCUCUUGAAAAUACAAGGAACAGAUUGAAAGAGGCCAUUGAAGAGAUAAAUGAGUCAAAAGAGCUUGAAAUGAAAUUGGCCACGACAUUGUCUGAUAUUGAUAUGUUGAAGAAUGAGUUGAACUUUGUUAAGAAAAGGGUUGAAAGAGGUGAGAGCAUGGAGCAUGUGGAAGGAGAAUCAAGAGAUGUUGGUGUUUUAGAGACUGCAACAGAAGAAAUAGAGGCAGCAAAGAAGGACUUAGCUUCCAUUAGAGAACAAGGUUUUAAGUUUAUGGCCUCUAUGGAUGUUACAAGAAAUGAGCUGAAGCAUGUGAAUACAGCCACGGUUCAUUUAAAGAACACUGAAUCGAAAAUGGGUGCAAAAGUUCGAAACCUCAGUUACAAGCUCUUGAGAGCGAAAUCUAAAUUAGAAGCGGUGUCUGCUGCAGAGGAAAAGGCCAAAUCAAUAGUCAGUAACUUGUCCCAAACUCUUGAUAAGCUCAAGUCCGAAACAGAAGCAGCGAAAAAAGAAAAAGAGAUCAUAAAUGGAGAGGUUGCAGCCACCAAAGAAGAUAUUAAAAAGGCCUUGUUGGAGAUAAAGGUGAGUGAGGAAGGAUUUGAAGGCGCGAGGCAGGAGCUUGAAGCAGUGAAAUCAUCAGAAGCUAUAGCCUUAGAGAAGCUGAAGAUUCUUACAGAGAAUGUCAUGAGCAUGAGGGAGAGAAUUAGUUUAACAAAGCCUAGUUCCAUAAUUAUCAUCUCAAAGUUUGAAUAUGAGUAUUUGAGAAACCAUGCAAGGAAGGCAAAUGAAAUUGCUGAGAAGAAAGUUGAAGCGGCAAAGGCGUGGGUUGAAGCUGUGAGGGCCAGUGAGAAGGAGAUAAUGAUGAAGACUAAGAUAGCUGCUGCUGAGGCAAGAGAAAAGAGAGAAUCAAAGAAGGGAGACAAGUAUGAGUAUCCAUCAAGAACAAGGCCAAAGAGCAUGACGCCUUCUUCAAGGGGAUCAUCUAAGUUUCAGAAGGCUUCUUCACCUCGUCCUGUCAGUCCUUUCAUUGUUAAGAAGAAGAAAAAAGUUAUACCAAAUUGGACCAAGAUUUUCAGAGGGAAGAAAAACCACCAGCAGUACGUAGCAGCUGGGAAAUUAGUAACUUUAUGACUCAUUCAAGUGACUAGCAAAAACAACAUGUACUUGCCACAUAACUACACUGUACGUACAACUUAUGCUCUCCCAUUCUUCAUUCCCUCAUGGCCACGUUCUUUUCUUUUCACCUUUGUUAAUACACAGUUAUACAGUUAGUUAUGUCCAGAACUGUAUCUUCUUUUUAAUGUUUGUCAGUUUAUUAGUUUUUGUUAGCCGAAUCUUCCUUCCUUCACCCUUUACCACCAAGUCAAUUUUAUUAUCUUCUUCUUAAUUGAUCUAA